CUCCCCACACUUUCUCAUCGUCUUCGUCUGUCUUAAUGACUAGUUUUAACGUUUCAACUCACAAUUUCUGUUGACCAAGUUUAGUCAAUCUUCUCUCCCAUUUUUCCUUUAGCUGCAACAAUGUUUCUUCAUUUCUUCUGAUCUUUUUUGUGUUUUUUCUCUAAAAUUCAUCACCCUAAACCCCCCUGUACUUUCUUGAAAAUUGGAAAAAGAAGAAAAAAAAUUGAAUCUUUAACUACUUUGCUCCAAUAAAAAUCCAAUCUUGCUGAAUAACCAUCUGGGGUUCUUGUUCUAAUUCUUGAUUUUCACUUUAGUUAUCAACUUUAGUUUCAGUUCAUCAGCUACCAUUUUGGCUAGAUCUGAAAAAAAUGGGUAUUUGUGUAAGCAAAAGUAAACCUGAACAGUCCAAUGCUAACAAUGGACACUAUGGAUCAGGUGGAGUUCACAACAAUGGACCCCACAGAGCUGAAAUUCAGUACACAAAAUCUCCAGGCCCUGAAUCUCAAUUACCUGUAAGGCCAGCACCAAGUCCAAAACCAGCUGUUAGGUAUGAUACAAUUCUUGGUAAACCUUAUGAAGAUGUUAAGAUUCACUAUACACUUGGUAAAGAAUUGGGUAGGGGUCAAUUUGGUGUUACAUAUCUUUGUACUGAAAUAUCAACUGGUCAACAAUAUGCUUGUAAAUCGAUAUCGAAAAAGAAACUUGUUACUAAAGCUGAUAAGGAUGAUAUGAGGAGGGAAAUUAAGAUUAUGCAACAUUUAAGCGGACAGCCUAAUAUUGUUGAAUUUAAAGGUGCUUAUGAGGAUAAAGGUUCUGUUUAUCUUGUGAUGGAGUUGUGUGGAGGUGGAGAGCUAUUCGAUCGGAUUAUAGCUAAGGGGCAUUAUAGUGAAAGAGCUGCUGCAACAAUGUGUAGGGCUAUUGUUAAUGUUGUGCACGUUUGUAAUUUUAUGGGCGUGUUGCAUCGCGAUCUCAAGCCUGAAAACUUUUUGCUGUCUGAUAAGAGCGAAAAUGCUGCUCUAAAGAUUACUGAUUUUGGGCUGUCAGUAUUCAUUCAAGAAGGUAAGUUGCACAAGGAUAUAGUUGGGAGUGCUUACUAUGUUGCCCCUGAGGUCUUAAGGAGGAGUUAUGGCAAAGAAAUAGACGUUUGGAGUGCAGGUGUUAUGCUUUAUAUACUACUCAGUGGUGUGCCUCCCUUUUGGGCAGAAACUGAAAAGGGUAUAUUUGAUGCCAUACUUAAAGGGCAUAUUGACUUUGAAAGCGAGCCUUGGCCCUCUGUAUCAAGUAGUGCCAAGGACCUAGUACAGAAGAUGCUGACUAAAGACCCAAAGAAACGGAUUACAGCUGCACAGGUUCUUGAGCAUCCUUGGCUGAAGGAAGGUGGUGUUGCAUCAGACAAACCAUUAGAAGGUGCUGUCCUUUCAAGAAUGAAGCAAUUCAGAGCUAUGAACAAGCUCAAGAAACUUGCUUUGAAGGUCAUUGCAGAGAAUCUCUCUGCAGAAGAAAUUCACGGGCUCAAAGCAAUGUUCGACAACAUCGACACUGAUAAUAGUGGCACUAUCACUUACGAAGAACUGAAGAGUGGAUUAGCUAAACUUGGGUCAAAGCUCACAGAGGCUGAAGUCAAGCAAUUGAUGGAAGCUGCGGAUGUGGAUGGAAAUGGCUCAAUUGACUACACUGAAUUCAUCACCGCCACCAUGCAUAAGCACAGGCUAGAAAGAGAUGAAAAUCUAUAUACUGCAUUUCAGUAUUUCGAUAAAGAUGGCAGUGGGUUCAUUACAAGAGAUGAACUCGAGACAGCAAUGCAAGAGCAUGGAAUAGGCGAUCCGUCCUGUAUAAGGGAAAUCAUAUCUGAAGUGGACACGGACAAUGAUGGACGAAUUAACUACGAGGAAUUCUGUACGAUGAUGAGAAGUGGAGCCAAACAGCCAGCCAAGCUCUUCUAGUUGCACAAGUCUCUCAAGGGCAAGUUGCAAAAGAGCUAUUCUUGAAAGUGUGCACGAUGAGCUCCUUCGUUGCUUCCCCUUAGAACUGUCGGAGAUGCAUAACCAGCUAUUGCUAGUUGAGACGUUUUUAUCGUUUUUCCAGUAGAAAACAUGUAUAUUUGUGUUCUUCUCUGCUCAAAACGGUCUUUGCUGAGUGUUUCCAUUCGUCUUCUGCACGAUUUUUCCUCCCUUGUGUAAACUGCAUUAGUCUGGAACUUGAAAGGCGUCGAUUUAAGGCCACUCCUAGUGAAUGAUAUUAUGUUUCAAUUA